AUCUACUGAGAAGUACAAAUAAUGAAAAUGUUAGACCACCCACACAUAAUCAAACUUUAUCAGGUAAUGGAGACCAAAAAUAUGUUGUACCUUGUCACAGAAUAUGCAAAAAAUGGAGAAAUUUUUGAUCCAAGGAGGAGCUUCAAGUUGUCACUUAGCUUCCAUGAACCGACCAUUGAAGUCUAACCCAGCCUUCAAUCCUGAGUCUUCCCAUGUGCCCCAAGAAGAAAGUUUCCAGGAAAACACAGCAGCUUCUCUCCCCUCCUGCUCAGCAAUACUGAUAGAGGGCUCAGUAACUUGACUUUCAACCCUGGGACCACGUACCCUUCCCCUCCACCAGAAGGGCCACCCCAAAAGCAGAACAGACAGGAGACCAUCCAACAGCAGAGACUACCUUGCUAAUCAUGGCCGGUUAAAUGAAUCUGAGGCCAGACGCAAAUUCUGGCAAAUCCUGUCUGCUGUUGAUUACUGUCACAGUCGGAAGAUUGUACACCGUGACCUCAAGGCUGAAAAUCUCCUGCUGGAUAGCAACAUGAAUAUCAAAAUAGCAGAUUUCGGUUUUGGAAAUUUCUUUAAAAGUGGUGAACUGCUGGCAACAUGGUGUGGCAGCCCCCCUUAUGCAGCCCCAGAAGUCUUUGAAGGGCAGCAGUAUGAAGGACCACAGCUGGAUAUUUGGAGCAUGGGAGUUGUUCUUUAUGUCCUUGUCUGCGGGGCACUGCCUUUUGAUGGACCGACUCUUCCAAUCUUGAGGCAGAGGGUUUUAGAAGGAAGAUUCCGGAUUCCGUAUUUCAUGUCAGAAGAUUGUGAGCACCUCAUUCGAAGGGUGUUGGUCCUGGACCCAUCCAAACGGCUUACCAUAGCUCAAAUCAAGGAGCACAAAUGGAUGCUCAUAGAAGUUCCUGUCCAGAGAACUACCCUUUAUCCACAAGGGCAAGAAAAUGAGCCAUCCAUUGGGGAGUUUAAUGAACAGGUUCUGCGUCUGAUGCACAGCCUUGGAAUAGACCAACAGAAAACUAUUGAGUCUUUGCAGAACAAGAGCUACAACCACUUUGCUGCCAUCUAUUACUUGUUGGUGGAACGCCUGAAGUCACACAGGAGCAGUUUUCCUGUGGAGCAGAGACUUGAUGCCCGCCAGCGGCGGCCUAGCACCAUUGCUGAGCAAACAGUUGCCAAGGCACAAACUGUGGGGCUCCCAGUGAGUGUGCGCUCGUCGGCCAUGCGGCUGAUGCGAUCCACCCUCCUCCCACAAGCGUCCACUGUGGAGGCCUUUCCAUUUCCAGCAUCCAGCUGUCAGGCAGAGGCAGUGUUUAUGGAAGAGGACUGUGUCGACACUCCAAAGGUAAAUGGCUGUCUGCUGGACCCCGUGCCUCCUGUCCUGGUGAGAAAGGGCUGCCAGUCGUUGCCCAGCAAUGUGAUGGAGACCUCCAUCGAUGAAGGGCUGGAGACAGAGGGAGUGGCCGAGGAAGACCCCAGCCAGGCUUUUGGUGCACUCCAGUCCACACGCAGCGGGCAGAGGCGGCACACACUCUCAGAGGUGACGGAUCAGCUGGUCGCGAUCCCUGGUUCAGGUAUGAUGCAUGGGAAAAUUUUCUCCAUGAGUGAGAACACCUCCCUUGACAGUGUAGACUCUGAGUAUGACAUGGGGAGGGACCUGAACUUCCUGGAGGACAACCCUUCCCUGAAGGACCUCCUGUUAGCAAAUCAGCCAUCGCCACGCAUGACGUCACCCUUCGUAAGCCUGAGACCUGCCAACCCAGCCAUGCAGGCUUUGAGCUCUCAGAAACGAGAGGCCCACAACAGGUCGCCUGUGAGCUUCAGAGAGGGCCGCAGGGCCUCGGACACUUCCCUCACCCAAGGAAUUGUAGCUUUUAGGCAACAUCUGCAGAAUCUGGCUAGAACCAAAGGAAUCCUAGAGCUGAACAAAGUACAGUUGUUAUAUGAACAAAUAGGAUCAGAGGCAGACCCUACCUUGGCAUCAGCUGCUUCUCAGCUCCAAGACCUUGCUGGCAGCUGCCCUCAGGAGGAAGUUUCCCAGCAGCAGAAAAGUGUCUCGGCUCUCCCCAGCAGUGUGCAUGCUCAGCUUGCCCAGCGGCAAAGUCUGGAGGCCCAGUACCUGCAGCAUAGACUCCAGAAGCCCAGCCUUCUGUCUAAAGCUCAGAACACCUGUCAGCUUUACUGUAAAGAACCUCCACGGAGCCUUGAACAACGGCUGCAGGAACACAGACUCCAACAGAAACGACUCUUCCUGCAGAAGCAGAAUCAGCUGCAGGCGUAUUUCAAUCAGAUGCAGAUAGCAGAGGGCCCGUACCCACAGCCGAGCCAGCAGCUGCCCCUCCCUCGCCAGGAGCCACCAGCAGCACCGCGGCCCCCACCAUUCAGCCUGACCCAGCCCCUCGGCCCCGUCCUGGAGCCCCCAUCGGAGCAGAUGCAGUGCAGCCCCUUCCUCAGCCCUUACCAGGAGAUGCGGCUGCAGCCGCUGCCCUCCUCGCCAGGCCCCCGGGCUCCUCCUCCACUGCCCUUGCGGUCACAGCCACCGCCACAGUCGGCGGCUGCUCUCACAGCCCCGCAGUUCUCCUAUCAGACUUGUGCGCUGCCAGAUGCCGCCUCCUCUGAGCCAGACUAUCCGGCUCCCUGUCAGUACCACAUGGAUGGGGCCCAGCAGAGUGGCGUAGCUGUGCCGGACACUCCCAGGGGCUCAGGACUGCAGGAGGCCCCCUCCAGCUAUGACCCCCUAGCCCUCUCCGAGUUUCCGGGACUCUUUGAUUGUGAAAUGCUGGAGGCUGUGGACCCACAGCACAGUGGCUACGUCCUGGUCAAUUAACCUGAGCACAGGAAGUGAGGUGGGUCAAGUGAAGGAAGAGUGUGUAUUCCUAUUUUUAUUCCAGCCUUUUAAAUGUAAAGCUUAUUUUCCUGCCCUCUCCCUAGAGGAGAAAAAUGAAGUCGCCCAAAUGGAAUCAGGGCCUGGCCAGGUGGAUGCCGAUUCCUCCUGCCUCUGUCCCACCAGUUCUCUGUGGCAGGUGCUGGGAUGUAGUAGUAGGCUGAAGCUCACGCCCUUAGGUCAGGGGGAGCAAGACACGGAUGAAAGUUCUGCCAAAAAGACAUCCAGACCGAGUUUUCUGCAGAACUGCACCAGCUCAUUACUGAGGAAAACCUUGUUGGAAGCAGGGAAAAAAAAUGUGUGCAGUAUGUAUGGGCAAAAAAAAGGCAAUAUAUUUUUCAUGGAAGCCAAACAGUCAGUCAAGAAUUCACAGUGAAAUCAGAUACACAGGAAAUAAAGUUGUUCUCUGUCGUUGAAUCCUAAGUUCUAAGCUGCUGGUGCAAGUUGUCCCCGUGACCACCCAAGGAAAGUGGAGCACGGAAUUUGUUUCAGGAGCCAUGAAGUAACAGCAGGCAGCCACGGCUCUGGGAGCGGGCAACAUGCCUUCUUCUUCGGAAGGCUCCCUGGAUUCAGAGUCCGUGCACUCAGUGCUCCAACGAUGUCGCCUGUAGAACCAAGAGGCCCCCAACCUUGGGGGCUGGGGCAGAACCCGAGAACCCUCAGGAGCACCAGCCCUGGUGGGGGAGGCGAGCACCUCCCGCACAUUCUGUGGGGACUUCCGGGUUGGGGCGGCUGGUCUUUAGAGGGCCUCGCGUCUCUUAAAAUGUAAUAACUACUUUGACUUUACACCUUUACGUUGCUAGUAGUUUACUGCGCUUUGUGUAUCUGGACAGUUUCCUAUAGGGCUUGGAAAUUUUAAGGACAAAGAAGAGUGACUUUCAUCUCCCGUGUGGGCUGUAGUGCUGUGCCUUCACCCCCAGAUCGUGCUAAUUCUUUUCUUUCCUGUAGAAACCAAGUUUUCCAUUUAUGUUGAUGCUAAAUCCAAAGUCACUUCAGAGUUUGUUUUCCACCAUGUGGGAAUCACAUUGUUAAUUUCCUUAAAGUCUUGACUUGUAAUGAAAUGUUCAAGUAUUUCAGCAAUAUUCAGAAACCACAGAUGUGUUAACCAUUCAAGCAGAUCAUCUGCCAAACACGUUAUAUUACUAGUAAAACUUAAACCUUACAAUUCAUUCAUCAGAGUAAAAAACAGAUGCCACAGCUAAUUAACAGUAUACCUAGAAGUGAUGAGUGAUCAGUUGUUUGCACAGUAACGUCCGAGUGUUACAAAUUCAGUAUUAGUUAAAAACUCUACCUGCUGUCCUUUAGAACGGCUUGGCCUUUCAGCUGGUGAAUGCAUAAAGCACAAAGGACAGAGAUAAUAAUACACUGAUGCUGCAUCUAGAAAACACCUUUAUGUUGCCUUCCUCUUCAUAGUAAGUGUUCAGGCAGUUGAGGACAGCGUGGAAGGUCGGAGUGCGGUCCUGCCCAGCCAAGCCCAGCCCUGCUGGCAUCGGCACCAAGCAGCCCCAGCUGUGGGCUCCAGUUGGCACCAAAGCCUUCGCAGAGGCCCUCUGCCUGGGUCCGGAUACGGGGUGUCAGCAAGAAGGGGUAGCACACAGGACUGUCGUGUGAUCUAAUUGUGCUCGUGAAACCCAGGAAGAAUGAAUUAUGUUCUGUCUAUGCAUUUAUUCCUCCUCCUGCGCAAGACUGAUGGUUCGCGAAAUAGACAUUUAAGAGAUCCUCUCAUUAAGAUCUCUGAUCUGAUCUGAGUCUUUGCAAAAUAAGUCAGUUAUAAAAUGGAUUGAUUUGCUUAGACUGCAGUAUGUUUUCCCAAAAUAUACUAGAGAAGUGCUGUAAUAUUUAUUAAAAUGCUUUCCAGAUUGAAAAUGGGGGCCACUCAUUUCAGGGUGCCAGGAGUGGCCCAGUUGCAGGCUGGCACAAACACCUGCCCCCACCACAAGGCCACGAGCCACUGUGCCCAGGAAGCCUUGGAGCUGUGGAGGGAAUGUUAAGGCCAACAGGGGAGGGACAGCAUGAGAGGGCAGAGAGGCAGACGUUGGACGCACUUGGAGGGGCCGUGUCUGCCAGGAACCCUAACUAGCGGGUGGGCACUCACGGGGUGAUUGGCUGGGCGUUUAGAAAUGCGCCCAGCGGGCUCCUUUUUGCUUUCCUCACUCGUCUCCAACAGAAAUCGGUAAACCCUUAACUGUUUAUUGAAUGUAAGCAGGUGGGAGGAGGCUGUGUGGCCAGUCGCUGAUCCCCAGCCCUGUCUGCUCAUUGCUCUGCCCAUGGGAGGCUGCUCUGAAAUCAUGUCCUCUUUCCAGUCUGUUUCCUACAGCAGUGUGUGCACUACUGUAGAGUGAUCGUUAGCUUUCCUAUCCUGUAAACCAGGCUCCUACUUUGGUGAGAUGAACGUGAGGUAAAAAUUUCAUUCAGCAAGAAGUGCAAUAUGUGUGUUACUUUAUUUUUUACAUUCUUUUUUAAUCCAGGGACAUUAGUCUCUGCUUUGGGAAAAAUGCACUAAUUCUGCAAUUUCCAGCUGUGCGAAUGUGUCUCUAGAAUUUGCAUGCAACUGAUAUGCUGGCCCCUGUAAAGCAAAUGGAGUGAGUCAACAGCAGCAGGGGUGGUUGGCCCAUCCCUAAGUUCCCAGGGAGCUGCACUGAGUCCCCAGCUGCCUCUUCAGCCCCUCCCAGGCCUACACGGCCCUCUUGCCACCUUGGUGGUUCUCUGCACCUCCACCACCUUCCCUUCAGCCACUUCAUGGGACACAGUGGGCCCACCAAGCAGAACCGAGACCUUUGCUCUGGCACGUUUCUUCCCUUGCUUUCCCAAAAGGAGGAGGAAGUCUGAGUCCCUUUCUUCCUCAGAAAUAAAGAAGCACCUGUACUUCAGCUGUGUCCUAACUGGUGGGCCCAAAGCCAGCCUGCACCUCAGAGUCCCGCAGUGCUGGGGCAGGGGGAGCACCCACGGGAGCACCACCCUCCACCUAGCACAGGGCCUCUGCAGAAGGGACCUAGGGCCCCAGCCUCUCCCUCCCACAGUCAGUGCCUAAACCACGGGGCUCAGGAAGGAACCCCACCUGAUGCUUAGAGCUGGAAGAAGGGUGUGGCUCAGUGACUGGGUGAAAAACGUCAGCUCAUGGUUAGGGCGGGCUGGGGCAGGCAGACGCAGACACGAGGCAGUGAGUGGCUUCCUUUGGGGGUCCUCUGAUCUCUAGUCAAGCCCCAGGUACUUAAAUGUGAGGUUCUGUGUUGGAGUUGGAGUUUUCAGCUCUGUAUGACAUUCAAAAACCCCGAUCAAUGGUCACAUCUCAGCUUCCCAGUGGCUCAGCGAAUAUCCAGGCUGCAGCUAAGGCUUGCACAUUCCUCCUCCUCUAGAGACGACACGUAGUGUCAUCUGCCAACACUGGUGCCAGAGAACAGUGUGCAGUCCCUGUGCCGGGGCUGACAGGGGCCGCAUAUGUACCCCUAGACCGGGCAACCUCUACUGCCUCCUCGGAAGCCACCUGAGCUGCUCUGUCUCUUUUGUGCCUAGACAUCAAAGGUAAAAACUGGAGAACAGGUGGUAAGUUAGAGUCACUGUCUAGGUAGGGGUCUUUGAUCAUUUCGUUGCUUCUGGAAAUUUUUUACACAACUUAUCUUCAGAAUGAUGUGUGGAAAGACAGAUCAGUAUUUGCCUCUGUCUCUAAACCAGACCAAAGCACGUUUUUUAAAGUGUUGGUGUCCCUUCUGACAAAUUCAGCCCAUGUGGCCCCAGGGGAGCGACGUUAGAAGCACACUCUGGGCCCACAGACCUAGAUGGCAGGAAGAACAAGGCCAGCCUUGCGAAGCUUUUAGGGGCCCCGGAGUCUGGUCUCGCAGUGCCCCCCCGUGUGGCCACAUUUUCCCCAUUAAGGUAGCCGGGUUGAUUCCAGGGAACACACAGCCACAGACACCCUCGUCAUACCGUCUUCCUGUGUCCAUGUGUGGUGGAGCUGGGCACCUGCCUCUGCAGACUGACAGCCUCCACAUGGUUCCUGUCUGGGGGGGUGUGGGGGGGCAGCAGUUAACUGUGUUCACAGGCACACACCUCACAAGGAUGCUCUUUUUUUCUAACCCUCACAAUAGUACUCUGACGGAGCCAGGCAGGCACGGCCCUCAGCUCCCAAGCCUUGGCGUGGCUUCGUGCUGCUGGGCCUCACUGCACACUUUCCCUCAGCAGGCGACCCUUCUCAUGAGCAAGCAGCUACAUAGACAAAGUCCCCAUCUGGGUUAAGCACUGGGUGAAUGUGAUACUGUCCCCACAGCCUCAUUCUCCACUUGACAGCUGCCUGGCUUUGGGGAGAGGUGCCUUCCAAGUGAUAGAUGGAGUCCAGGUGGCCCUGCACAAGCGAGGCCAAGGGAGACACAGACCCACAAGUAGCCAUCUUUCCAGUGUCCAGUUAACUACAGAAGUUUAGGUUAGCACCAAAAAUGUCUAGUUUCCCCAAUUUAUGAAGUAAUUUUCUACAGAAGUUCACAGUAGGACACACACUUCCUACAUCACCAAGGGGCCAAAUGCACAGCUUUGGCCACCACCACAGGCUGACAGCUCAACACCAAGGGCUGCUUGGGAAGAAUCACAAACUUGGCCUGGUCCUGAGGAGGGGCUGGGUGCCUCUGGGUAGUUGAGGCCCAUCGAGUAGAAGGGCUGAUGAGACAUGUUCAGGGUUAAAGAAGUAAUGUGCUUCAUCUUUGGUAAAGUGGGUAGGUAGGGGAGCUUUAAAAAUAAAAUUACAAAGUAACAUCCUGGAAAAAUAUGACCCCAGAUGGAAUGACAUUCCAUCAGCAAGUGCCGAUGACCAGGACUUGCCGCUGGCAGUGAUGAGUAUCAGCUUAGGGUUUGCUCCGUCACGGAAACUCAAGUGGCAACACCUUCCCACUGCUAAUGGUAAAAUAAAUCUGCCUCCACCCUCUGAAGGAACAGAAGCAGAGAGUAAAGGCUUGCCUCUUUUGGGGGACUUCAGAAAUAAAAGUGACAAGAGAUACUAGCACUUUGCAGAAAAGGCAAGAUUGCUUAUUUCUAAAGGGAGAAGGGUGGUCUUCCUGGAUGUUUGGUUUGUUUAAGAGUCACUUUUGAUAAGGUUGAUCUGACCGUAGUUAUUUUUCCUAUGUGUUAUUUAAUUACUAAGAAAAAAAUGGUGAGCUCAAUAGCUUUGGUAUUUUGCGUGCAAAUCAUAAUAGCUCCAAUGUGAAAAAAUCAAAAUGUAACCUGUCACUCAAUGUUUGAAAAUUGCCUACAUGCAGUUUAAUAAAUGAUCUUUGUAUCAAAUGGCAAUUUAAGUGGGGGUAAGCUUCUGGAGAGAAAAUGUACUGUUUUCUAUGUUUCCAACCCUCUUGAAUUAAAAUAAAAACAACUUUUCUAUGA